AGGCACUUCCGGUUUAAACAUAAAUUGAAAAGCGAAAAUGGUGAUUUUAGAUAAACCACCUGUCGAUGUUGUCUUUGUUGUUGAAGGAACUGCAAAUCUUGGUGCUUACAUAGAUGAAUUAAAAACCCACUAUAUUUUGCCCACAUUAGCGAAAUUCAAUGGUGGACCACCAGACCCCAUUGAUUAUGGGCAUGACUACAGCUGCACAUUAUACAACCUGGUCACCUACUUCUCUGCGGACAUUGCCCCGGACUCAGCCACGCGAUGUUCAGACUUAACCACCAGUACACACGAGUUUUUGACUUGGUUGGAGCAUGUCAAGUUCACAGGGGGCUGCGGGGAAUGUCACAGCCAUAUUUCAGAGGGACUGAGGACAGCCCUGCAUGUGUUUGAUGAUAUCAAAGAAAAAAGAAAUGAUGACAGGCUAGCACCAGAAAGACACUGCAUUUUAGUCUGCAACUCGCCACCAUACCACCUGCCUAGCAUGGAGGGGUGCAGAUAUACUGGUUACUAUAGCGACCAACUUGCAAAAAUGUUUGCCAAGAGAGACAUCAACCUUUCUAUAAUCUCACCACGGAAGAUCCCAGCUUUGUUAAAGUUGUAUGAGGCUUCAACCACCUCAGAAAUCCCACUACAGACCAAAGAUUUCUCAGUGGACAUUCAUCACCUUGUACUCCUGCAUGGAUUCGAGUUAGAGGAAUGGUCCCACACUCCAAUACAGAAUGAUGAUGAGCAAGUGAAGAAUCUGCUUGCUAACAGAUCCCCUGCUCCACCGCCGGUUGGUGAGUUUAAAGUUCCAACAACCGCCCCGUCGGCAAUGCCCCCUCAGCAGCCUGUGUCACAACCAGGAGCAGCCACAACAGGUCAAUUGACCAGUCAGGCGGUUCAGCCACAAAAGCAAGCCCCAGUCUAUCAGCAACCACCUCAACCAAUACAGCAACCAGCCCAGCAACCAAUACAGCAACCAGCACAACACAGGAUGCAGCAGCCACAAUCAAUGGGACAGACCCAACAGACCCGGAUGCAAGGCCCCAUGGUUCGUCCCCCGGGCGGCAUGGUGGCCACCCAGCAGCCCCAGGCCCCCUCCCAGCCCCCACAGCAGAUGACCUUUAGCCCUGCCCAAGUCAGGGCUACUGGACCCAAUCAGGGCAUCAACCCCACUGUGACCAACCAAGGGGCGGUGAGUGCUGGUGAUUAUUGGGACAAAGGUGACUUUAUGGGUAACAGAAUGACAGGAGGCAAUCAAACAAUUUCUGACCCAAUGAUGUCCCUGAACAGCACCAUGAGUCAGGGAAUGCCUGUCCAAUCUAAACCUGGCACAACAGCUGGCUGGCCCAAUCAAAAUUCAGGAAUGGUGAAUGCGCCAGCUUCCGGAAUAAACCAGACAAUAAGUGCAACCAGUGCAAUGAGUGGACCAAAUGUGACAAACAUGGGUGGACAGAAUAUAGGGGUAACCAAUAAUAUGGGAGGGCAACAAAUGGGUGGGGGACAACAAAUGGGUGGGGGACAAUCCAUGGGCGGGAUCAAUAACAUGAAUAUGGGCGGGGCAAACAAUGUCAUGAGUGUUCCCAAUAGCAUGGCUGGACAAAAUAUGGGGGGCAUGAGCAGCAUGGGUGGGGCCGGUGGUAUGUCAGGUCAAGGGAUGAGUGCGGGAAAUGGAAUGGGACAGAACGCUGCAACCAUGAGUGCUAUGGGUAUGGGCGGUGGGGCAGCGCCCAUGGGAGGGAUGAACAUGGCCGGGCCGGGUAUGGUGGGACCAAACAACAUGGCUGGACAGGGAGGGAUGCAGGCAGGGCUGAAUCAGCAGGGUGUGGCACCUGGGAUACCUGGGCCCAACGAUCAGCAAGGGGGAUUUCUGCAGAAUCGUACCAUCAUCUGGAAGGGCAACCUGGAGUGGCAGGAUAAGAAGACGGUGAUACCCGGUCCUGCUGCCAGAAUCACUCGUAGUCUCGGUUGCAUGGUCUCCAUUGCCAACACAGACCCAGAUCUGAACACCUCCCGCUGGCCGUCUGUGCUCAUAAUGCAGCUGAUGCCACAGGCCUUGCUGAACUCGCCGCAGUUACAUCCCCUGUUCAAGAACAGCAGACAGGUGGCCUUCCACUUUCAACAGAACACGAACCUCGACGACACGCGUAACUUGUACAAGGUCAUGGGCAGUGGCUUUGCUGGCUGUGUCCACUUUCCCCCCAGCACGGCCUGUGACAUCCGUGUGCUGCUCCUCCUGUUCUCUAACAAGCGCAAGUCCUUUGUGGGCCUCAUCCCUAACGACCAGUCAGGCGUGGUGAAUGGCAUACGACAGGUCAUCACCCAGCAGAAACAGCGGAUGCAGCAGCCCGGUGCUAUGCCCCAGCCCACCUUACAGGCAGGCAUGGCAGGAACUAUGCAGCCCAACAUGCCCGGGGGAAUGAUGCCAGGGGCGCAACAGAUGGCAGGAGGACCCAACAUGGCCAUGCAGGCAGGUCGGGGAGGAAUGGAUGAUGGAAUGGCUUAUUCUGAGGGAAUGAAAGCUCAGCAAAGGAUGCUCGAUGAGAUGUAUUAUGGUCCCCAGCAAACGCUAUACUCGGUUACAGCUCAACAGCAGCAGCUGCAGCAGCGCCAACAGUUACAACAGAUGCAACAGCAACAACAGCAGCAGCAGCUUAGACACCUUUUACAGCGACAGCACCAGCAGCAGAUGAUGAUGCAGGGUCAAGGUGGUGGAGCCAUGAUGGGAGGGGCCAGCCAGGGCGGCAUGGGCGGAGCACAGAUGUCACAACAACAACAACAAGCACAACAGAAUGUUUACCUGGAUGACUUUGAUCUGCCACUGUGAACCCUGUUUGAGGAUCCAAUGUAUUUCUGGGACUAAUUGGUCAGAGAAUAAUCAUCAGACUUGGCUUUCUGGGACAAGCCUAUCUGGGACAGAUUUGCUGGACACUAAACUUUGCUAGAGAUUUAUCACCUGAAAUCUUUUAUCUGAUACCAAUUGGUCUGACACUGUGAGCUUUGGUAGAAAUGUAUCAGCUUUAAUUGUUUAUCAGUCACACAAAUGUUCUGAAACUGUGAACUUCGGUAGAGAAUCAUCAGCUGACAUUGUUAACUCUUUCAGUGCUGGAACCGAAUUUUGAAGGCCUUUGCAAACAGUUUGGAUCCAGAUGAGACACCACAGAAUGUGGCGUCUCAUCAGGAUCCAAACUGUUUGCUAUUUUGAUAGUAUUCUUUGAAAAAAAUUGAAUAAAAUGCUAAUUUUAGAAAUUCAGCAGAUGACAUUUUAGCAGACGACAAAUUUCCCAGCAUGCAAAGGGUUAAUCUGGGCUAAAAUUGGUGUAGGUUAAUCUGCCUGUUUUAAAAAUAGCUGAUAAAUUGACUGGGCACUGUUAACUUGUAUAGAGACAAUGCCGAGUUGGAGUCAUGUGAGAUACUGUUGUAAAACUUGGUCACAUUGAACUAACAAUUUGAACGCCCAGAGGAACUUGGUUCAGAGUUUACACUUCUGGAAGAUGUACCGUUAACUGAUAUAUACUGGGUUAUAAACAAUCAAUUAAAAAGUAGUAUUGAAUUAAACGCUUUUGCUCAUUCAAGUUAACUGUUAGUGUUUGAGAAUGUAUGCUUUUUUCUAACCUAUAUUUUUGGAAUAUAUUUGUUUCUAUGAUAUUUUAAAGAUGAACUGAGAUGGUUAAAGUAUUGUUUCACUGUUUUGUAAAGAUGAACAUUAUACUAUUACAAGCUUUUACAAAAGUAGGAUGCAGUGGAAACCACUUUACUUUUGAUUUCAUUUUGAGGUAAAUUUUUAUAGUGCAAUAUGUUUGAUUUUUCUCUGUAUUUUGUAAUUGAUUCACUUGUUGGUAAACGCAAGGAAAUCACAUUGUUAUAGACUGACCCCACUUUUUAAAAUAAAAUAAAAAAUAAUAUUAAUCUUACAAAAUGUAAAUGCUCUGUUUCCAAAUAAAAUAAUUUUAAAAAUGAUUUCUCCUUUUUUAGUAGGUAUGCCUUUUUUAUUUAAAAGUUGGGAUGACAUUACAUUAACUAAACCAUAUUUAAAGUAAAUAUUAUGCUUUGAACAAAUGAUUACCCGGUAUCCCAAAAUAUGAAACGUGGCAUUGAAUCUCAUUUAAGUCAGUUUAAAUAAGGUUACACAUGAGCUUUUAAUGUAUAAUGCUUACAUUUGAUUUAUAAAUUUUUUAUUGAUUUUUAUGCCCCCGGAUCGAAAGAUCGGGGGUAUAUUGUUUUAGGCCUGUCUGUCUGUCUGUCUGUCAGUCUGUCAAUCAGUCAGUCAUUGUAUGUGUGUGUCACAUAAACUUUAACCUUGGUUAAACUUUUAUAACUUUUGCAAUAUUGAAGAUAGCAACUUCAUAUUUGGCAUGCAUGUGUAUCUCAUGGAGCUGCACAUUUUGAGUGGUGAAAAGUCAAGGUCAAAGGUCAAAUAUCAUUGUAUUUUUCGUUCCUAAAACUUUAACCAUCAUUAAAGUUUGGUCAUAACUUUUUGAAUAUUGAAGAUAGCAACUUGAUAUUUGGCAUGCAUGUGUAUCUCAUGGAGCUGCACAUUUUGAGUGGCUAAAGGUCAAGGUCAUCAUUCAAGGUCAAAGGUCAAAUUUAUGGCUUCAAAGUGGCGACAUAGGGGGCAUUGUGUUUCUGUCAAACACAUCUUUUGUUUGAUAUGUAUUUUUUGUAAUCAUCAAAUUAUUUCCAGACUCAUUUCUAGUCGGAUUUUGAAUAAAUAAAUGAGUUUAAGUCUGACAUUAAAUGAUGUUUGUAGUCAUGAGCCUGGUCGGUUUGUAUUUGAUUUCAAGUUGAUAAGCAUGAACUUUUUUAUGUCCCAUCGUCAUUGAUUUAUAAAGUAUUAAUAUAUAUGAAUGUAUACAUUUUGAAUCAAAUAUAUUUAUAUAUAUUUAUAAUUCAUUGCCCCAUCAUUUCUUUUUGGGCUAUUAUUUACAUAGCAUUAAAUAAGUGCGCAUAUUUUGUUUUUGUCAUUUGCAAAAUAAUGUUAACUAUCUAAUCAUCGACCAUAUGCAGGUCUCGUAGAGCAAAAGCAUUUGUUUUCAUACUUUAAUUAUUAAUGUGAAUGAUUGUUUCUGUGAAUAUGUAUAAAAACACAAACACUUA